CAAAACCACAGUCCAACCAACCAAAACUAUGUAGACGCCCCCCCCUUCCCAACAAAUUAAAAAACAAUGUAACAAAUUGUACUUUUUAGUUUUCAGUCCUCACUGGCAUGUCUGAGAAGGUUCUCAUGUAUCCAGGUCAUGGGAUACAUUAUAUUGCCAAAAGUAUUGGCCCCGCCCUCCCAAUCAUGUGAUUCAGGUGUUCCAAUCCCCUCCAUGGACACAGGUGUAUACAAUCAAGCCCCUAGGCAUGCAGACUGCUUCUACAAACAUUGGUGAAAGAAUGUGUCGCUCUCAGGAGCUCAGUGACUCCAAGCGUGGUCCCGUGAUAGGUGGCCACCUGGGCAAUAAGUCCAUCCGUGACAUUUCCUUGUUACUAAAUAUUCCACGCUCAACUGUUAGUGGGAUUAUAACAAAGUGGAAGCAACUGGGAACAACAGCAACUCAGCCACCAAGUAGUAGGCCACGUCACAUGACAGGGCGGGGUCAGCGCAUGCUGAAGCGCACAGUGCGCAGAAGUCGCCAACUGUCUGCAGAGUCAAUAGCUAAAGACCUCCAAACUUGGUGUGGCCUUCAGAUGAGCCCAACAACAGUGCGUAGAGAGCUUCAUGGAAUGGGUUUCCAUGGCCGAGCAGCUGCAUCCAAGCCUUCCAUCACCAAGUGCAAUGCAAAGCGUUGGAUGCCAUGGUGUAAAGCACGCCGCCACUGGACUCUA